CUUUGAAAGUGCCCACAGGCCACAGGCACAGGCACUCUCGUUUGAAUGCAAAUCUCUCUCUAUCUCUACUGAACAGUGAACACCAACUCUAGCUCCAGGAGAGAUCAGGGAGCGCCAUCCCCGAAGGUGAAUGGAGGCGAUCAGAAAGCAAGCCACUCGACUCAGAGACCAAGUCGCCAAGCAGCAGCAGGCUGUCCUCAAGCAGUUUGGAGCAGGGGGAUAUGGAGGGUCAGAUGGCAUGAUCACCAAUGAGGCAGAACACCAGCAACAUCAGAAACUUGAGAAGCUUUACAUAUCAACACGCACUGGCAAGCAUUUCCAAAAGGAUAUUGUACGUGGAGCAGAAGGAUACAUAGUUACUGGGUCAAAGCAAGUUGAGAUUGGAACAAAAUUGUCCGAGGACAGUAGAAAAUAUGGUUCUGAAAAUACUUGUACCAGCGGUAGUACUUUAACAAAAGCUGCCUUAAGUUAUGGACGGGCUCGUGUUCAAAUUGAGAAAGAGCGUGGGGAUCUCUUGAAAGCUCUAGGGACACAGGUUGCAGAACCAUUAAGAGCGAUGGUAAUGGGAUCUCCGUUGGAAGAAGCACGGCAUCUUGCUCAACGAUAUGACAGGAUGAGACAGGAAGCUGAAUCCCAGGCUAUUGAAGUUUCCAGGCGCCAAGCAAAAGUGAGGGAAACUCCAGGAAAUGCUGAGAAUGCUACGAAACUGGAAGCAGCAGAAGCAAGGCUGCAAGAUCUCAAGUCAAACAUGGCAGUAUUAGGGAAAGAAGCUGCCGCUUCUAUGUCUGCUGUUGAAGCUCAACAACAGAGGUUAACACUCCAGCGACUUAUUGCCAUGGUUGAAGCGGAGCGUACUUUUCAUAAGAGAGUUCUUCAUAUACUUGAACAGAUUGAAGGCGAGAUGAUGUCAGAAAGACAACGUAUUGAAGCGCCUCCUAGCCCGAGUUUGGACAACAUGUGUGCACCUCCAUCAUAUGAAGAAGCCAAUGGCAUCUAUGCAUCACAUAUGCAAAAUGGUUCUGCUGAUAGAAUGAGUUACUUUCUGGGAGAGGUUACUCAGCCAUAUCAAGCUGAAUCUGAUGUAGAGCUGAAUCUAUCAGUCGGUGAUUAUGUCGUCGUCCGAAAGGUGACUAACAAUGGUUGGGCAGAAGGUGAAUGUAAAGGUAAAGCGGGAUGGUUCCCAUUUGGGUAUGUUGAAAGAAGGGAGCGUGUUCUUGCAAGCAAAAUGGCCGAAGUGUUUUAGAUUUCUUCAGUAUUCUUUUUGUGGGGAUCAAUGCUUUUGAUAUGUACGAUAUGUAUUCUGGGGUAUAAUUGAUGUGUUUGUGCAAUCGAUGGAACACCUAGCCUUCUUGUUGGGUCAAA